AUGUUAGCCUCGAAACCAACCAUUGUUUCCCUGCCUUACGUCACCUUCUCUCAACGCCACAAAGAUACCAAUAAGCAGCAUUGCAUCGCGGCUCAACUGCGAAAGCAGGCCCGUGCCGAAGGCCUUAAUGUCAGCUGUCUGAUCGAGAAAAGGGAAAUCAUUCAUGUCCUCAUCGAACAGCAGAAGUACGGCGGCGCAAAACCACAUAUCGAGAACACCGUCGACACCAAGCGCCAUACCUUCUUCGACCUUCCUGGUGAGAUACGCAACAAGAUCUACAACUACCUUCUGUACAACGACCGCCUCAUCGUCGUACGUCACCAAGGUCUUGUUCCAUUCACAAGAAAAGUCAUGGUCUUCCCAUUGACAAUGCACUAUAUGGUUGCUCAAUCUCGGAAGCCACCACCGGAGAAGAAGCAGAUACCAGACAGUCGAGUUACCCAGCUCCUCAACACGUCAUGGGCGAACCGUGAACUCCACCAAGAGUACCGCAGCUACUUCUUAGCUAAGCAUAUGUUUCACGUGGUAGGUCCGAACGGCGCCCCGUACAUCGAUUUCUUCGACCAAAUUGGCCCGAUCGCUCGCGCUAGCAUCGCAGACGUUGUCUUGGACAACUCAAACUUCUGGUCCUACAACGGUCUCCAUUACUGGAUGCCGUACCUCGCCGGCUUGCACACACUCAACAUAUACAUGCAUCUAGGCCAUCUCGUCCACAUCGACGUGUACAUUCUAAUACGUGCUUAUGUCUUGGGUGAUACUAUACGUUGCGAGGAGUUUUAG